CAUAGUCAUUCCAAAAGGUCAACAAAAAACAUCUAGAGGACAGUACAGUAUGAGCCUCAAAUGAGAGCAUCCAUCAAUUCUCUCGCCCUUCCUCUGGCCCACGAUAAUUUCCAAUCUUCAAUCUUCAUUGUCGUCGAAUUGGUUGUAGAUGUCGUCACUGGUCAGCACUUCAGUAGUCUUGUAACAACCUAUAUCAUAAUAUUCACCGCCUCGAGCAAUGUUUCCAGAUCUUCUUUAGAAUAAAGGCUUGCCCAAUAUUUCACAAGUGCACAGGUAUGGCAGAUUAUUUCAUCAGGGUUUGUAAUCAACUUAUUUUCAAAACAAGCUCUAUUUCUCGUUUUCCAAGUGCCCCAACAAAUCGCGGCCACCCCAAGAGUAUAAAAGUCUUGUCCAUUUGAGAAGCAAUCAGAUAUCCAACUCCAGUACUGAACCAAACUGCACGGUCUAUUUGUAGCUCCAAACCUCCAAUGCAGUAUGCUAUGCUAGCUGUGUCGCAAUAAAAAAUGAGAUGAGUUGUAUUUUCAUCCUGCUCACAAAAUUAACAAGUACCAUUUCCACCCCACUUCCUCCAAAUAAAGUUGUCUUUGGCUAGUAUUGCAUUGUUUUGUAACCACAUACCCUUUCCAAAUGUUUUUAUGUUAUGGACCAGCAUCAUCCUGGGUGAGGGCAUUGUUCUUUCCAAAUUAUCACAUCAUCAUCCUCGUGCAGCUGAAAUUUUCAAACAACGUUGUUUUAUAUAUUGCCAUUGUGAUCCAAGAUCAUCCUGUAGCCAUCACAGAGUUGGAAGACAGUAGGGAAUUCUAUAUAGAGAGGUUCUCGAGAGAGAAAAAAAAUCAAGGAUCUUUGACCCAUUCUUGCAAAUAUUUUUCUGCCUUACAGAAAUGUCUCUUACUUUGAGCAGAUCUGUCCAAACUGGAGAGUCAUUCUACUGAUGUGUUACAGUCAUCAUUCAUCAGAGCAGAAAAAAUGUCUCCUUACCUGCUCGCCGCCGGCGCGCUUAUCGUCUUCCUCUAUGUCAUCAAGAACCGCAGGAGCAGCAAGCUCCCACCGUCCCCGCCGUCGCUACCGCUGAUCGGCCACCUUCACCUCAUCGGCCGCCUCGCGCACCGAUCCUUGCACGAGCUGCAGCUUCGCUAUGGCGACGGCGGCAGCGGUCUCCUCUUCCUGCAACUUGGCCGCAGACCGACCUUGGUCGUGUUCACUGCCGCCGCGGCCACGGAUCUGUUCAAGAACCACGACCUCGCCUUCGCCUCCCGCCCGCGCAGCGUCGGAGGGGAUAAGCUGAUGUAUGGGUGCAGCAACGUUUCGUUCGCGCCUUACGGCGAGAACUGGCGCCGGGGCAAAAAGAUCGCGGUGGUCCACCUCCUCUCCCCGCGGCGCGUGGAGUCGUUCGCGCCCGUGCGGGCCGCCGAGGUAGCCGCGCUCGUCGCACGGACACGCCGCGCCGCGGAAGCAGGGGAGGCCGUGCAGAUGAGGGAGCUCCUGUACGGCUACACGAACGCGGUGGUCACCCGCGCGGCCACCGGUGCCGCUGGGGCCACAGCAGAGAAGCUGAAACAGCUGAUGGGGAACUCCGCGGCGCUGAUGGCGGGCUUCCAACCCGAAGACGUGCUGCCGGACGCACCGGCGAGGUUUGUGAGAUGGGCGACGGGCCUCGAUAAGAAGCUCGAAGACAUGGCCGAGGUGUGGGACAAGUUCCUGUCCGAGAUAGUUGCCGCACACAAGGAGAAGGGGGGUGGCGAUGCAGGGGAGGAGGAUGAGGACUUCUUGGAUGUCUUGCUUCGGCUGAGGGAAGAAGGCGCCGAUGGGCUCGAGCUCACAGACGAUCGCAUCAAAGCUACUAUCGAGGACAUGAUAGCCGCUGCAACUGAAACAUCAUCUCAAACGUUGGAAUGGACCAUGGCAGAACUCAUCGCCAACCCGCGGGUGCUGGGCAAGCUCCAAGACGAGAUAGUGCGAGUCGUCAACGCCGAUCAGCCGGCCAUCUGUGAACCCGACCUGAGCAGAAUGGGAUAUCUGAAGGCAGUAUUCAAAGAGGUGCUUCGGCUCCACGCACCAGCGCCGCUCCUCGUCCCGCACGAAUCAACAACGCCCGCUGUUGUGCAGGGCUACGAGAUCCCGGCCAAGACGGCGCUCUUCGUCAACGUAUGGGCCAUCGGACGGGACCCCGCUGUGUGGGACGCACCGGACGAGUUCCGCCCGGAGCGGUUCAUGGGCGGCAGUCGCUCGGUGGACUUCAGAGGGACCGACUACCAGCUCAUCCCGUUCGGCGCCGGGCGGAGGAUCUGCCCCGGCAUCAGCUUCGCGGUGCCGGUCUUGGAGCUCGCGCUCGUCAGCCUCCUGCGUCAUUUCGAGUGGGAGCUCCCCGCCGGCAUGCGCCCGGUGGACCUCGACAUGGGCGAGGCACCGGGGCUUACGACGCCGCGGCGGGUUCCCCUCGUCCUAGUCCCCAAGUGCCGGACGCUCGUUCAGGCAGCGCUGCAGUAGCUGAGGCCUCAGGGAAUUUGUUGUGGCUCCAUGGGUACCGAGGUUUGUCUAUUUGAGAAGUUGUGGAUCAAAGCAAAAUUCAAGAACACUGGUUACCGAAAAACAACACACACGUAAGAACACGUUUGAGUGCUCCCGAAUUGCAGAAAGAAAUCGGUUUCUUGUUGACUGCAGUACAUGGCAUGGUUCUCCCUGGACUAGACUGGACAGUGUGGUAUUUCACGUUUAUAUAGUCUUGGCCUCUUGGGCCAGAAUAAUGAGAUGGCCAUAAGUGACAAUUGGGCUACACCAUCAUCUCAAUGUAUAUAUGUAAUAUAUAUCCUAUAUUUUCACGAUUGUUAAUAGAUAACGUGUAUAUUUAUCGCCUAUGCAUGCAUUUGUACU